GAGAGAGGAACAGGUACAGAGAGAGAAAGUGAGAAACUAGGUGCUCUGUAGGAGAGGUUGUGAUUUGUCACAACACUCCACAAGGGAAAGUAGAUCUAUCCGGAACAGCAGAGAGACUAUUUUUCCAGUUUGUGACAGUUUAUGAAAGUAACAGCGACGUUUUUGAUGAAUCCGUGUACCUGUUGCCUUCUACCUAUUCGUGAAGUGGAUUUCUCCAGUCCCCCAACACCAACACUGACUGAGCACAACUACUAGGACAAUUACAACAUUCUUUGAGCGCUUGGAGAACUUUCCAAGGACACUGUCUGCCCACCCGGGGCAGCCCACACGCGGGCAGCCCACCCAGACCAUCAGCCAUGUUUCAGAACCAGAGGAAAAGCGUCAAAGCUGUGAGGAGCAACAAGACAGCCGCUAAAGGGAAGGUGCUUUGGAACAAAGCUCAGCAGACGAUAGCUCAGCGAUGUGGAGACCCGAAAGAGGGAGGGAAGGAGGGAGGAAAGGAGGAGAGAGGGAAGGAGGAGAACAUCGAGGAGAACAAGGAGAACCAGCUGAUGUCUGGUGGUGAUGUGGUGGAGGACGUUGAAGAGGUGAAGAGGCAGAGUGUGUUUGAUAAAGCCGUCUAUGACCUGGCCCACACGGAGAAGGUGAUGAACGACCUGACGUUCGGACGGAGGGUGGCCUUCUACGAGUUGAGAGGGGAGAUCGGCUGUGGAAACUUCUCCCAGGUGAAACUGGGCAUUCACGACCUAACUAAAGAGAGAGUGGCAGUUAAGAUCCUGGAUAAAGUCAAACUGGACAAGAGGUCCCACGUGCUGUUUGCCUCAGAGAUCGGAUGCAUGGAGAGGCUGUCCCACCCCAACAUAGUGCGUCUGUACGAGGUGGUGGAGACGUUUAAGCGGCUGUACCUGGUCAUGGAGUACGCCAGUGGAGGAGAUCUGUUCUCACGCAUUACCACCAGGGGUAGACUCUCAGACCUGGAAAGCAAACUCAUCUUUUCCCAGAUACUGGCUGCAGUCAAACACAUGCACGAUAACAACAUAGUCCACCGGGACCUGAAGGCAGAGAACGUGUUCUACACCACCUCCUACUGCAUCAAGGUAGGCGACUUCGGCUUCAGCACCUCCUCGCGCCCCGACGACGUCCUCACCACCUUCUGCGGCUCCCCGCCCUACGUCGCCCCAGAGCUCUUCAGGGACAAAGGCUACGUGGGCCAGUCCGCUGACGUCUGGGCCCUGGGUGUACUACUCUACUUCAUGACUACUGCCAUGUUGCCCUUCAACGCUGCCAACCUCAGCCGGCUGAAGGUCUGCAUCCUUCAGGGCUCCUUCACCAUCCCAGCCUACGUGCCCGACCCCUGCCACCAGGUCAUCCAGGGCAUCCUGAGGCCCGUGCCCGCCGACCGCCUCUCUGUAGCUCAUAUCAUGACCUACACCUGGCUGAAGGGCAUCGACUACCCCCAGGCGUACCCCUCCUCCCGCCCGACCCCAGCCCACCUGGCUGAGCCCUCCCGGGUCCUGAGUACAGACGAGCUGGAUGUCAAGGCAGCCCUGGAGGACCUGGGGAUAACAGAGAGUCACCUGGUGAACAACACCUGCCCAGACCUGAGGAGCCCUGUGACAGGGGCCUAUAGGAUCCUGCUGCACCGCAUCCAUAAGAGGAAAACAGUGGAGGCGGUGGGGUACAGCGCUGCGUGUCACAAAGACUUCCAGGUCAAGAGACGCUGGAGCGAGGGGACCUUGCCUCUGAUAAGGCCUUCUGCUGUGUGUGUAAUCAUGUAGAGGUGGAGGAGUCUAGCCAGUCAGACGGGCAGUAGUCUAGGCCUAAUCAGACUCACUGCUGGGACAACUGUAUAAAUAUCUCUCUGUCUUAUGAUAAGGAGCGGUAGUCAGCAGAAGAAGGACCUUGAAGCGAAUGGCACUUUUAACAAACACAAGGGACAAAAUUAAAUGAACGAUAACGAGAUGUACAUAACACAGUUUCUAUUGGGUUGUUUUUGGUAAGGUCUUGGGAGCUACUUCAACAACAUGAGGCUGUACAAUCACUAAUAUAUUAGAGACUCAUUCAGGGACGUUUUUUUUUCUUCUGUGGAAAAAAGAGAACGUUGAAUAGGAAGCACACAAGGACACUGAAUAGGAAGCACACAAGGACACUGAAUAGGAAGCACACAAGGACACUGAAUAGGAAGCACACAAGGACACUGAAUAGGAAGCACACAAGGACACUGAAUAGGAAGCACACAAGGACAAUGAAUAGGAAGAACACAAGGACACUGAAUAGGAAGCACACAAGGACAAUGAAUAGGAAGCACACAAGGACACUGAAUAGGAAGCACACAAGGACACUGAAUAGGAAGCACACAAGGACACUGAAUAGGAAGCACACAAGGACACUGAAUAGGAAGGACACAAGGACACUGAAUAGGAAGCACACAAGGACACUGAAUAGGAAGCACACAAGGACAAUGAAUAGGAAGCACACAAGGACACUGAAUAGGAAGCACACAAGGACAAUGAAUAGGAAGCACACAAGGACACUGAAUAGGAAGCACACAAGGACACUGAAUAGGAAGCACACAAGGACACUGAAUAGGAAGCACACAAGGACAAUGAAUAGGAAGCACACAAGGACACUGAAUAGGAAGCACACAAGGACAAUGAAUAGGAAGCACACAAGGACACUGAAUAGGAAGCACACAAGGACACUGAAUAGGAAGCACACAAGGACACUGAAUAGGAAGCACACAAGGACACUGAAUAGGAAGCACACAAGGACGUUGCAACGACAAAGGAUUCUUUGCCUUCAAAAAAAUAUAUCCAUCUUUUUAUAUUUGGAGUAUUGUGCUUUAGUUUGACACAACCCACAUUAAACAUAGUCAGUUGUAGGGUUACUUAUACUGUGAAAGUUUUUACUGUGUAAACUUAACAAUCAGACAGUAUUCUUAUCUAUAGGUUUUU